CCGAUGACGUCACUCACAUAUCGGGCUGCCAUUGGCGAGCAGGAAAUAGCGGCGCCAAUGGCGGGGCCGGAGGCGGCUCUGUGGGCGGGGCCAGAGCUGUGGGCGGGACCAGAACUGUGAUUGCGGCCGUAGCGGAGCAGCGCGAUGGGUCCAGCGCUGGCUUUGGGGCUCGUUUUGGGGCUCCUCUUGGGGCUGCAGGGGAACCCGGGGAACCCGGGCGGCUCGCCGAGAGUUCUCCACUCCCUGCGUUACCUACAUGUGGCGGUGUCAGAGCCCAGCCCGGGGGUCCCCCAGUUCAUGGCUUUGGGGUUCGUGGAUGGGAUCCCCUUCACACGCUACGACAGCGAGCGGGGCCGGGUGGAGCCACUGACACAGUGGAUGGAGGAGGGAGCUGAGCCGGGAUAUUGGGAGAGCCAGACCCAGAUCGCUGUGAGGAACCAGCACAUGGAUGCCAGGAACCUGGAGACGCUGAGGCACCGUUACAACCAGAGCGAGGGUCUCCACACCAUACAGCGAGUUUCCGGCUGUGACCUCCUGUCCGACGGGAGCGUCCGUGGAUCCCAGCGGCUUGGCUACGAUGGGUGGGAUUUCAUCUCCUUCGAGCUGGUAUCCAAGAGCUUCGUAGCGGCCGAUGCCGCUGCUGAGAUCACCCGGAGGCGCUGGGAAGAUGAGAACGUGGCUGAGGGGCUGGAGAAUUACCUGGAACAUGUCUGCCCAGAAUGGCUCCGGAAAUAUGUCGAAUACGGGUGGAAAGAGCUGGAGCGCAAAGUGGUCCCUGACGUCCAU